AUGCGUCCCUUUCGUCAAAAGGCCUCAUUCUGGCGCGGCGGCACAUCGAACGGUGUCAUGAUCGCAGGCGACGAUCUACCAGAAUGGCGAACUAUCAAGGAACGUUAUCCGGACUUGAGACAGCUUGACCUCAAGGACUGCGCUGGUAUCCUGCAGCCGUUGUAUAGGGCUAUCAUGGGGUCGCCAGAUCCAUAUGGGCGACAGUUAAAUGGAAUGGGAGGCGGGUUGUCGAGCUUGAGUAAAGCUGUUAUUGUGGAUCGGUCUACUGAUAAGGACUGUGAUUUGGAUUAUUUGUUUAUUCAGGUUGGAAACCAACAGCUGACUCCUGGUUCUGGUGCCGAACGACAAUAUUCGACAUAUCCAUUGACUGUACGCCUUCGUAACCUGAACACAAGCAGAAUGAUCGAUGCCGAUGUUCGUGCGUCCUCAAUACAGACAAGCGCAGACGAGGAUAGGUACUUCUAUGACUCUCGUGGAGACUAUGUCCUCGAGGGUGUGUCAGGAUACGCUGCACCCAUCACACUCUCUUUCCUUUCCCCUGGCGGCGCAAAGACCGGUAGAGCCGUCCCAACCGGUAACGUCGUUGACACACUAGAGUACGCCCGUGGACAAACUGUUCGUGCAUCACUUCUUGAUAUCUCCAAUCCUGGUGUCUUCAUCGAUGGCCGUGAUUUAGGGUUGAGUCAACCCUCUGCACCGGAGCAGUUGAAUGCCGACCAAGAACUCAUGUCCAAGCUCGAGUUGAUACGCCGAGCAGGCGCUGAGAAGAUGGGCUUGGAUCCUGAAACACAAUCCGUUCCAAAAGUGGUGAUGCUUUUCCCGUCUUCGUCGCAGGAUGUGAACAUCAGGUGUCAAGCGUUAAGUAUGCAGCAAGCACAUCGCGCCGUGCCGAUGACAUUGGGGUUGAACCUAGGUGUGGCGUGCAAAUUGCAUGGCACUAUUGCUCAUGAGCUUGCGAGUGGAAAUGCAAAAGACACGGUCGUUAUUCAACAUCCAACUGGUAAGGUCGAGGUGGGAGCUGACAUCCGACACAACGGCGAGGUUGCGAGUGCAAAGGUGGUGAGAACUGCUAGAUGUCUAAUGGAAGGAUGGGUGAACAUCAUUGCGAGUGACAAAACGGACCCUGUUGCGUGA